UAUAUUACAGUCUAGGGCUCGCUGCUGAAAAGCCUGCUGGAUCUUCCAGUGACCUGCUGUUCUUUCCUGCUUUCCUGUGUGUGUGUUUUUUUUUUCCUCCCUCUCUAGAUUUAGAUUAAAAACAAAGCCCGUUCCUCUUUCUCCUCGCCUUUUUAGACCUCAGCAAAAGAAGCCCUGUAGUUUUGGGGUACUGUUACGAGGUUGGAAGACUCGAAUGGAGAUACGCGUUUGUUUUUGUAGCUUGUUGGGGACAUUUGCAGAAGGACGAGACCAGGGACAGCUGGACGCGUUUCUUCGGAAUUCCCUGCUCCUCCGGCUCUCCUGAUCUUUCGGACCGAGAGCCGGACGGUUAACGGGAGUGGGACGUCAGGGAAUUCUUGUGGGGGGGAAAAAAAGUGUGAGUAAGGGGAUCUGUUUUUGGAAGAGCCCCUCGUCGGAUGCUCUGACAGCCUCCUUGCGGCUCGGAAAGAACAGAGCCGGGUUCCCGAGCUCGAUCUGGGGCUCUGUCCCCUUGCGGAGGGGGGACGCAGGAGUACAGAGGGGUCAGCCCGUCGGCCGCAGAACCGAAAGCCGGCAUCCCUCCGGUGACCAUGUACCCGCAGGGUAGACACCCGGUACCUCUGCAGCCUGGACAGUCAUUCAAGUUCACGGUGCUGGAGACUCUGGACCGCAUUAAAGAAGAGUUCCAGUUCCUUCAGGCUCAGUACCACAGUCUGAAACUUGAGUGCGAGAAGUUGGCCAGCGAGAAGACGGAGAUGCAGCGCCACUAUAUCAUGUACUACGAGAUGUCCUACGGGCUCAACAUUGAGAUGCACAAACAGGCGGAGAUCGUGAAGCGACUCAGUGCUAUCUGUGCUCAAAUCAUCCCUUUCCUCUCUCAGGAGCAUCAACAGCAGGUUGUUCAGGCGGUGGAACGUGCCAAACAGGUCACCAUGGCAGAGCUCAACGCCAUCAUAGGGCAGCAGCAGCUCCAGCACCUGUCUCACCACACUCCGGGUAUCCCUCUCACUCCUCACCCUUCAGGUCUGUCUCUGGGCGGCACGUCGGGGCUGCUGGCCCUCACCGGGGCCCUGGGAGUCUCAGCCCACCUGGCCAACAAGGACGAACGCAACCAUCUAGACCCCGAGCACCUGCGAGAGGGUGCGCCCAGCAGGAGUAAAUCAGUGUCGUCAACCGACAGCCAGGCGGCGGAGGAUCGUCAGGGUCCUUCGGGGGUUUAUCCCUCACAGACCAGCGAUGCCAAACGGAGACGAUGUGAUGAGAAAGACGUCCUCCCGUCUCACUACGACAGUGACGGAGACAAGAGUGAGGACAAUCUCGUAGUAGAUGUGUCAAAUGAGGAGCCGUCCUCUCCUGUAGGCAGUGGCCCUCUGUCUCCUCACGGGAACGGUUUGGAUCGAGCCCCGACCCUGAGGAAAGAGCUCCCAGGAUCCCCCAGUCCCCCUCUGGCCUCCCCACCACACAGCCCACCCCCUGGAAAAAACAAGGACACGGCACAAACAGAAAAAUCUCAGUCGCCUUCCUCUAAAUCAGGCAACUCCUCUCCCUCUCACCAUGACCCUCUAACUCCUGGCCCACCGGGGCCCAGCACUUCCUGUUUACGCCUGGUCAACAAAUCUGCCUCCUCGGCAGACCCUCUGGCUCUGCGGAGUCCCUUGACCAUGACGCCCGGUUCUUACCCGGCUCACUUCGGGGUGGUGUCCCACGCCGGGCUUAACGGAGAGCUGGCCAGCCCGGGCGGCUUCGGAGGCUCGCUCACCCUCUCGCCCCAAAUCAGUGCUGCAGCCAGUGCCUACACACGCAGCCCUAUGGUAGCGUAUGAAUCCCGUUCACAUCUUAGGCCCUCGGGGCUGUCCUCCUCUCUGCCUGGCUCGUCCGGUGGCAAGCCAGCGUACUCGUUCCACGUGAGCGCAGAUGGUCAAAUGCAGCCGGUGCCCUUCCCUCCCGACGCCCUCCUCGGCCCCGGCAUCCCGCGUCACGCCCGUCAGAUCCACACCCUCAGUCAUGGAGAGGUGGUGUGUGCGGUGACCAUCAGCACCUCCACGCGUCACGUCUACACCGGCGGGAAAGGCUGCGUCAAAGUGUGGGACAUCAGCCAACCGGGCAGCAAGAGCCCGAUGGCCCAGCUGGACUGUUUGAAUCGAGACAACUACAUCCGAUCAUGUAAGAUUCUCCCGGAUGGGCGGACUUUGAUAGUCGGGGGCGAGGCCAGCACGCUGUCAAUCUGGGACUUGGCCACGCCCACUCCACGCAUCAAGGCCGAAUUGACGUCCUCGGCUCCGGCCUGCUACGCUCUGGCGAUUAGUCCCGACAACAAGGUCUGCUUCUCCUGCUGCAGUGACGGAAACAUCGUGGUCUGGGACCUGCACAACCAGACGCUCGUCAGGCAGUUCCAAGGUCACACAGAUGGAGCCAGCUGUAUCGAUAUUUCCAACGACGGGACCAAACUGUGGACGGGGGGUCUGGACAACACAGUGCGCUGCUGGGACCUGAGAGAGGGCCGACAGCUGCAGCAGCAUGACUUCACCUCACAGAUCUUUUCUCUGGGUUACUGUCCCACGGGCGAGUGGCUUGCAGUGGGGAUGGAGAGCAGUAACGUGGAAGUGCUGCACGUCUCCAAACCAGACAAAUACCAGCUGCACCUUCACGAAAGCUGCGUUCUCUCGCUCAAGUUUGCCUACUGCGGAAAGUGGUUUGUGAGCACGGGAAAGGACAAUCUGCUCAAUGCAUGGAGGACGCCGUAUGGAGCCAGUAUUUUCCAGUCAAAGGAGUCCUCGUCGGUCCUGAGCUGUGACGUCUCCCCGGAUGACAAAUAUAUUGUGACUGGUUCUGGGGAUAAGAAAGCCACGGUGUACGAGGUGGUGUAUUGAACACAAAGAUGGACGGACGGAUGGAUGAACGUACAGCGCCAAGUAUAAAACAAUCGUGGAGGGCACGGCGGGCAACCACAGCUCUUCUGUUUGCAGUGCUUUCGUAACCAUUUGAGAAAUAGGUUUUGUUCAGAACGGCGUACUACCAUACUGUUUUUAUGUAGUAGGUAUACUGUGCAUAUGAGAUUUCUUUAUACGUAAAAUACAACAGUGCUGGGUAGUAACUGAUUACAUCUACAGUCUACAUUACGAAAUUAAGACUUCAAAAUCUCCUAAUCAGAUUACAGUUACUUUAAGGAUUACAGUAUUACAUAUUAGUUACACAAUGGCAGCAAAUGAUACAUUUAAUUACAUUUUUGGAGUUAUAAUACAAUUAAUACAACUAAAAUAAGCAACCUAGAUUACAUUACUAACUGCAGUUUUCAGUAAAUUAUAAUCAGUAAUGCAAUUUGUAACACAUCCAGCACUGCAAGCUAAUUUUUACCAAAAUGUCCCGUAUAAAAUACUAUGGGAUACUUCAUUUUUAUUAUUGAUCACAAUACAGAACAAAAUACCCGAUGCAUUUUUUGUGACCCGUUGGGCAACAACUUAGGACUGAAGAUGCACAACAAAGUGGAUGGCUCUCGCUAAAUUAAAUGCGCAAUAAUGUAGCGUGCGACUAUAUAGCUUGCCAUACUUACGUUCUUAUUUUACAUGUGCUUUUAGCUAUUUUUUGAGAUAGUACGUGGUACACAGUAUACGCUGCAUGCAGUGUGCUAGUGUUCCAUUACGAGCGACGGUAAGCGGGGAGGUUUUAAUUAGAAGAGUCUCUGAGCUAAAAGAGGAAGCCCUUACAGACAGCAGGUAUUUAUGGAGCUUCUACUUACAGAAACGCCAAAACCAGACAAUCAUUUCAUUAGUUGCAAACUCUCUCCGUAAGGCGAGCGCAGCACCUUCCCUACAACGAGAAAAGACAGUUUGGAGGCUCCUGGCUCACUUUGGAGCAUCUCCGGAUGAACGCGAUACGGGCGUACAAACAAUUCUCCUUUCGCCUAUCCAACCCAAUUAGACAUUCAUGUGGCAAAUCCCAGUCGAAUUCUCCAACCUGCAUUUAAUUUCCUUCUUCCACAAGUCAGUGUCUAAUGAGGAGCAAGGGUAAAUCACGCAGGAUUCGCGCGGCAAAUAUUCACAACCACGACCGUUCGGUUUUAAUUCCUGCGGAUUAUCAUACAGAUGUUGCGCUCAUUUGUGGUUUAAUGCUCAUUUUCAUGUCAUUAAUUAUCUUUUAGCUUUGCAUGGGGAAAUCUUUUCAUGAUUGUUCUGCUUCGGUGAGAUGGAAAUACCGAAACGUUCGAAAACCCCGUACGCUGUAUUUCUUCAGGAACUGUUCGAAUGUUUAAAGUUACGUGACUUUUAAUGCGGGACAAUUACAAAAAUGGGCUCCAAAAAUAAUGUCAUUCAAAGAUGCAGCAUGGAACAGAGUGUCUUUAUGAAGGUAACAUUUAUAUUAUUAUAGGAUCGCAGACCUAUUGCAAUAUCAGGAGCAGCAAAUAAUUAAUAGGGAUGUCAUGCGAUUCAUUUGAAUGCAUUUUUUUAAUUGAUAUCACCGAGUCUACAUUUUCGCAAGAGGUCCUAACACAGAGCCCUGAUGCACAACAUCAAUAACAAGAGCUGUGGUUGCCAACCUGACCAGGAGUGUUCAAGGAGAAACACUACAGGAUUCAUCCAUCACAUGCGCCAAACAUCCUGCUGGGAAGACUUUUUUUUUAUUAUUAUUACCGUUUCGUUUUGUUCGUUUUUCUUUUGAUAUAUAAAGCUUUUCUCAGAACUCAGAAAAUGGUUGGAUGAUUCAAACCAUUUUUGUUUGUGAACAGAAGGAAUUGUAUCAUUAGGUUCUUUCUCUUUUUUUUUUUAUGCCGUUAGUAAGCAGUGUUACGACAGUGUUUUGAUCAGUCUGUUUAUUAUGCAGAAAGUGCAGUGUGUUUAUUUUUAUUUUUUUUUUCUUGAAUAGCUAAAAAUAUGGCUGCCUGCAAACAGUGGCAUUUGUCCGUUUCAAAGACAGGCCAGCUCUGCUGCACGAUCGGUCUUUGACAUUAUGCUAUCUGAAUAUCCGUAUCUAUCUAUCCUUAUAUAACGCAUUGUUUGUAUACCGAGAACAAUGUUCACCGUCACGAUUUUGUUAAAGACGCUCUCUCUUGAAAGCCAAGGAACUUUUUUCGAAGGCAUCGCUGUGAUAUCCCUGUAGCACUUCCCAUGUGAUGUAAAAGACGUGUACAUUGACAAAUUAAACUUGUGGUCAUCUUUUGAA